AUGGUGUCAGAGGGCGAUGGAGUCAGAGGGCGAUGGUGUCAGAGGGCGAUGGAGUCAGAGGGCGAUGUGUCAGAGGGCGAUGGAGUCAGAGGGCGAUGGGGUCAGAGGGCGAUGGUGUCAGAGGGCGAUGGUGUCAGAGGGCGAUGGAGUCAGAGGGCGAUGGAGUCAGAGGGCGAUGGAAUCAGAGGGCGAUGGAGUCAGAGGAUGAUGGUGUCAGAGGGCGAUGGAGUCAGAGGGCGAUGGAGUCAGAGGGCGAUGGUGUCAGAGGGCGAUGGAGUCAGAGGGCGAUGGUGUCAGAGGGCGAUGGAGUCAGAGGGCGAUGUGUCAGAGGGCGAUGGAGUCAGAGGGCGAUGGAGUCAGAGGGCGAUGGUGUCAGAGGGCGAUGGUGUCAGAGGGCGAUGGAGUCAGAGGGCGAUGGAGUCAGAGGGCGAUGGAGUCAGAGGGCGAUGGAGUCAGAGGGCGAUGGAGUCAGAGGGCGAUGGAGUCAGAGGGCGAUGGUGUCAGAGGGCGAUGGAGUCAGAGGGCGAUGGAGUCAGAGGGCGAUGGAGUCAGAGGGCGAUGGAGUCAGAGGGCGAUGGUGUCAGAGGGCUAUGGAGUCAGAGGGCGAUGGAGUCAGAGGGCGAUGGAGUCAGAGGGCGAUGGAGUCAGAGGGCGAUGGUGUCAGAGGGCGAUGGAGUCAGAGGGCGAGUCAGAGGGCGAGUCAGAGGGCGAUGGUGUCAGAGGGCGAUGGAGUCAGAGGGCAAUGGAGUCAGAGGGCGAUGGAGUCAGAGGGUGAUGGAGUCAGAGGGUGAUGGAGUCAGAGGGCGAUGGAGUCAGAGGGCGAUGGAGUCAGAGGGCGAUGGAGUCAGAGGGCGAUGGUGUCAGAGGGCGAUGGAGUCAGAGGGCGAUGGUGUCAGAGGGCGAUGGAGUCAGAGGGCGAUGUGUCAGAGGGCGAUGGAGUCAGAGGGCGAUGGAGUCAGAGGGCGAUGGUGUCAGAGGGCGAUGGUGUCAGAGGGCGAUGGAGUCAGAGGGCGAUGGAGUCAGAGGGCGAUGGAGUCAGAGGGCGAUGGAGUCAGAGGGCGAUGGAGUCAGAGGGCGAUGGUGUCAGAGGGCGAUGGAGUCAGAGGGCGAUGGAGUCAGAGGGCGAUGGAGUCAGAGGGCGAUGGAGUCAGAGGGCGAUGGUGUCAGAGGGCGAUGGUGUCAGAGGGCUAUGGAGUCAGAGGGCGAUGGAGUCAGAGGGCGAUGGAGUCAGAGGGCGAUGGAGUCAGAGGGCGAUGA